AUGUCAUUUCUCAUGUAAAAUCAAAAGAAAUCUUAUAGCUUGAUAAAUUAUUUAUAUGAAAAGCUAUUAAAAAUAAAGCACCCAUAUUAAUAGUUAAGAGAUAAUUUAAUGAAUGAACUUUUAGAUCACUCCAAAAGAAAUAUCUUAGAUGAGAUAUGGAAUAAUAUUUGAUAUUGAGGAACUCUGAAAAUCCAUUCUUAUUA